CGGCCGCGGUGCAUGUCGGGCCGGCGGCGGACCCGGGCCCGGCGGGUGCUCAGGCUUGCAGCAAAAAGGACGGCUCAGUGUCCCCCAGGCCCCUGGCUCUGGGCCCAGUGCUCCCGGCGGGAUGGAGAGUCUGGGGCUGCCAGCAAUGACCCUCAGGGACGGCACCACAGCCUACCUGCAGCAGGCUGCCAGAGGUGAAAAGCUGAUUGAAGGACAAGUCAUUGAACUUGAAGAUGGGACCACAGCUUAUAUCCAUCAGGUGACAAUUCAGAAAGAGUCUGUGGCUUUGGAAGACGGUCAGCCAGUGGUGCUGGAAGAUGGCAGCAUGGCCUACAUACACAGCACAGCUAAAGACAGUUACGAUCCUGGCACCUUCCAGGCCAUCCAGGUGCGGGACGGCUCCACUGCCUACGUCCACCGUCCUGUCAUCGUAGCAGCUGGCAGCACCAUCCUGGAAGUGCAGACAGGAACUGGGCUCGAGGAGUUAGCUGGGGAGGAGGAAGAUGAUGCCUUUGGUGUGGAGACCAUGAAUGCAUUACAGCAGUACAGCAGUAAGGGGUCUGACAAGGAAGAGGAGGGAGUGACAGACACCUGCCGUGUGAACCGUAUGGACUCCAGCAACGUCCCUUCUCAGGAUUUGCAGGAGGAGGAGGUGCACAGCCAUGGGAAGGGGCAGCAGGUCAGCAGCAGAGCUUUCCCCUGUGGGUACAAAGGCUGUGGCCGCCUCUACACCACUGCCCACCACCGCAAGGUACAUGAACGUGCUCACACAGGUGACCGGCCAUAUACAUGUGACUUCCCAAGUUGUGGGAAAGCAUUUGCUACAGGGUAUGGGCUGAAGAGCCACAUGAGAAUACACACUGGUGAGAAACCAUACAAGUGUCCAGAAGAUAUGUGUAGCAAAGCCUUCAGAACCUCUGGGGAUCUACAGAAACACAUCCGCACACACACAGGUGAGCGUCCCUUCAAGUGCCCCUUCGUGGGCUGUGGCCGCUCCUUUACCACCUCCAACAUCCGCAAGGUUCACGUCCGGACGCACACGGGCGAGCGGCCGUACACGUGUCCAGAGCCCGGCUGCGGGAGGGGCUUCACCAGCGCCACCAACUACAAGAACCACAUGAGAAUCCACACAGGAGAGAAGCCAUACCUGUGCACUGUGCCAGGCUGUGGGAAGCGCUUCACGGAGUACUCCAGCCUCUACAAGCACCACGUGGUGCACACGCACUGCAAGCCCUACACCUGCAGCAGUUGUGGGAAGACGUACCGCCAGACCUCCACGCUGGCCAUGCACAAGCGCAGCAGCCACGGCGAGCUGGAGGCCACGGAGGACAGUGAGUGGGCCCUCUUUGAGCGGCUGCGGCUGGAGGUUGCUGCUGCUGACAGAGGCUGCCCCCUGAAGAGCCAUCAUAUUGCUUUCCUGUCGGAGAUGGAGAAAGAUGAAAAAGAUGAUGUUGUGCCUACACAGGUCUCACUUAUCUCUCAGGAUGGAACAGAGCAGGUCAGUCUGUCGCAGGAAGAGCUGCGGGCCCUGGGCAGUGCCAUCAGUGUGGCCAUGCCCAAGGGAGAGCUGGCGGGUGACACUCACACCGUGACUGUGGCCAACACUGACGGCACCGAGACACGGGGGGUGACCGUAGUCGCUUCUGGGGCAGUCGUGUCAGAGGAAUCCGCUGUUGCCCCUCUCCAUCAUCAGCAGGUGGCAUUGCUGGCCACUGCCCACGGCACCCACAUCACUGUGCAGCUGGAAGAGCAGCAGAGCCUGGAGGAAGGCGUCAGCAUGGCUGCAGCAGUAAUCCACUGUGGACCGGUGAUGUCUGACACAGCUGUAUCUGAGAAAGGGAGCUGAGGUCGGCAGAGCUGCUGGGGCAGGGGGAGAGGAGCCCUGGCCUGUCAUGGGCGGGGGCAGUGGGUGCUGCAGGGGGACACGGGGCAGGGACGGUGUCUGAGCCAGCACCUGCCCCGUGCGGGCUGGGAGGGCUGACACGGCAGUGUGAGGCUGCUGAACUGACCCAGUGCAAAGGGCUCUUCUCUCCAAGGAGGGAGGGCAAAGAUACUGGACUGCUGCCUUCUCCUGGAGGCUCUGCUGGAGCUUCUCCUGGGCUCUGAGCAGCAGCCCUGUUUUCAGAGAGGCACUUCCUGCCCUCUACUUCUAGGAAUAGUCCAAGAGCUCCCCUUUCUUGUCCACCCCUCCAGCUCAGGGACAAGUGGGCAGCAUGUGUAUGGAAGCAACAAAGGCCCAUCAAAGCAAGCCCAGGCUGUCCUGGGCUCGAUGUCGAGGGUGACCAGUUCCUGCCAUUGGAGCCAGCGCUCUGACAGCAGUUCUCCCAUCUCUUUGUCACACUCCACUCUCAAACAAGCUUCCGUGGCUGACUCCUUGGCUGCAGAGCAGAGCAGCCUGCACUUCUCGAGGGCUGAGCUAGACCUGAAUGUAAAUGUUGAGUUGAAAUAAAAACAAAUUAACAAUGUUGUUUUUAAAAGCAGCCCCCUUCUCUCUGGUGGAGGCUGGGAGGAG